CUCUUUUCCAUUUAAACAUGUAUGCGUCCCCAGUCACCACGAACUGAACAUACAUAGGUCUGUCAGAAGAGCGCGAGAGAGCAGCGUUAUCCUAAUGCAGUGUUUGCGAUCAGCCCGACGCGUUUCCCGCAUGGCUGAGCCACUGACGCGUCACGUUGCGUGUUCUAUUAAAUGUAUAAUGCGAUCUAAUUCCCGUUGUCAAUUCCUCAACCUGUAUCCACGCGCUCGCAAAUGUACUUAAGGUGAAAUUACGUCAUUCUAGGUGGAAACAAAGACGAGUUGAGCUCUCUGAGCUCCAUCAGAUGGAGAGAGAGCAGCUCCCUCGCCAAACUCCCCCUGCAAUCCGGAUGGGAUACAGAUGAAGAGAGGCCAUUCCAUAGCAUUCCCAAUGGUCAGGAGGACGCGGGGAUAUGAUGUUGAUGCAUGUGCCGUUGCAACUGCAAAGAAAUGUCUGUGGAUUAAUAAUGCACUUCUGAGUUAAACGUCCCUGUCCAGUUUUUUUCACUGUCGAUCCGGAGGACAGCAGAUGGGACCGUUGAAUAGACUGGAGGGACCAGUGCAGUGGGGCACAAACACAUAGGCUGUCCUUUCUUCACAAAAUCAAGAAUCAAAACAGCAAUGGAUGCCAUGCCAGAGUAUUCCCUCUUUCUUGUGAGGAUUUUGGAGGAGUUGGAUACAAAGUACAGUACAGUUUCGUACCAAGACCUUUGUAAGUCCUUGUGUGCCAGGUUUGACUUGGUCCAUUUGGCUAAGCUGAGGAGUUUGCUAUUCUACACAGCAUGUUUGGAUCCAGCUUUCCCUGCAACCUUAUUCAAAGACAAGAUGAGGUGCUCGGUGGAGGACCAACAGUCCAAGAAGCUCAUGGUUGCUGCGGACAUUGUCACCAUGUUUAAUCUCAUCCAGAUGAAUGGAGGAAUGGCCAAAGACAAGCUGCCAAUGGGUCCGAGACCCAAGUUUCACAAGAACCAAUCCUUUGAGUCCUGUCGAUCUGACACAGAUGUGUAUAAAUUCAACGACAAUGACAGGGCGUACAACCUCUUGGACACCAGGGGUCAUCACAUCUCACGCAAGUCACCCUGCCCGAAGUCUGACUGCAACAACUGCCAGCAGUUUAUACCAACCUCAGACCCCAACUUCCUCUUGGGAGUCACCAAGGAUUUGAAAUGUAGGGCAGCAUCUCUGGAUAAACUACAGCAUCUGCCACAGUACGCCAGCGCCAGUCCUCCUCCGUGCGAGAUGCAGAGCACUUACUUCCCCAUGGACAUCGACAGCGAGUCUACAACGGACCAGGAAUCUCUCCAUGUCAACCCAGGGAUAGAGCCUUUCACCGUGCACUCGUGUGUGAAAAAGCGGAAUAUCUUCAAAGAGGAUUUUCACAACCUUGUUGCCUUCUCGCCCCACGUGAUCACCACGGAGUGCAGAGCGAAUCCCAAAGCUGGUGGCGAUUACCACCACAGGAGGGAGCUGAGCAAGCCUCCCACUUUCUUCAAUCACAGUUUUGAGCUGCCGUACAGCAAUCCAUACUUUGAACCCAUCAGCUCACCCAUCCAGAACAAAGGGCGGGUUAAGCAUGAGAGCCUGGACGACUUGCAAGCAUCCACCUACUUUGGACCUACAACAGUUUCCGAAUGCGUGAGCAGCAGGAGGACUUCUAGCAAGCAUGGCAAACAACCAGCCUGGCCUGUCAAGAGUUUGAGUCUCAAUACCGAAGAAGGUCCUGAUUUUGAGAGGUCCUUCUUGAACGGAAAAUUGGCAAAGGACAAUCAUCGUCAUAACAUGGAAAACGACCAACACUUUCAGUGUGCAAAAGACAAGCCCACUGCCUCUCCCUCAGGUUUCUCCAAGAAGUCAAAUGGAACCAAAACAAAAGACAUGGCUUCUGUGGCUUGCGGACCGAGUGUUGAGAAAAGAGAGGGUGGGAAAAGGUACAAGGACAAGAGCAUCAACUGUCCAUCGUUUCAAUCAAGUAAUGCGGACAAUGGCAUGAGUGUUGGGACCCAGACGGAACAAUCCGAACCUAGGAAAGUGAAAGAUUACCCCGUUCACAACAAAUAUGGAGAGAGGCCGCCAUUCAAACACUCAGACGAAGACUCGGAGAUUGUCAGCGACGAUAUCAGCGAUAUCUUUCGCUUUCUGGAUGACAUGAGUGUGUGUGGCUCUCUUGGAGUUGUGCAGUCAUCAUGCUACAACAGCAACGGCUCACUGUCUCAGGUGACUAAAUCAGAUGGGGACAGCUCACCUGAACACAACACUGUCAAGCUGGGCAAAACCAGCAUCAAACUUGACCGCCUCUUCCAGUCACUGGAGAACUCUGAUGAUGAGCUCAAAGAGAGCGUCUGCAAACUGGUACUCAGGAUUGGAGAGAUUGAGAAGAAGCUUGAGUCUCUUUCAGGGGUGCGAGGAGAGAUCUCUCAGGUCCUCUCGAAGCUUACUAAACUGGAUGAGAAGAUUCAAGAACCAGAGGCUAAUGGGAAAUCAAAUGAUAAUGGUGUGGUGGAGCAGAUUAAAACUGAUGCGAACCUCUCACCUCACGUUUUCCAGUGUCACACCACUGGACACAACAUGAAGGUGGAAAAAAGUCCAGAAUGGACUUGCUGCCCGGAGGCUGAUGGGAGCGAAAGCUUGAGGGUUAAAGCUUUAAAGAAAAGCGUAUUCACGCGCAGGUCGUCCAGGUCACUAACCGAGGAGAACAGCGCCACUGAGUCCAAAGUGGCCAGCAUCACCAACUCACCUCGAGACUGGAGGACUGUUUCUUACUCCAGUCACACAGGGGAAGAAGGGAAAGAAAGAGACCGGCACAGUGAAGGCAAGGACAGACAUAGGAAAUCCAGAGAGACAGAUCGACAGUAUGACGCCCACCAGGCCCACCGUUCCUCAAAGCCGCACAAGGACUCCUACCUGGUGGAGCAGGUGUUCAGCCCACACCACUUCCCUCCCGCGGUCAAGUCUCAUGUGAAGGGCAGUCCUCUCUAUACGGACCUGCGCCUGACCGGCCUCGCCGACGCCAAGCGUUCCCAGCCCUCCUGGACCAUUGAAGAGUACAAACGCAACUCAGGAGACAAGAACAAGCUCAGUGCCUUGGACCUGCAGGUCCAGGAGUCACUCAACCCCAACAAUCUGGAGUACUGGAUGGAGGACAUCUACACGCCAGGCUAUGAUUCGCUGCUGAAGCGCAAGGAGGCGGAGUUUCGCAGAGCAAAGGCGUGUAAAAUUGGAGCGCUGAUCGCUGCGGCCGCCUGCACUGUGAUACUGGUCAUCGUAGUGCCCAUUUGCACCAUGAAGUCUUGAGGUUUCUAUCUGUUUUUUUCUGUCAGAUGGUGUUUGUAUCACUGUAUUCUUUACUGGCGUUGCACAGACGCUGGGACAAACAUGGGACUUCAUUUGUGGAGGUCUGUAAUUAUGUCUGAUUUCAGCCACCGGCCUUAGACUUUCUUGGAAUGUCAAUCGAAAUAUAUCACAACAAAGAGUUAAGGAUUGCAAUUUGACGUUUGUCUUUUUUAUUUCCAGUAGUCAAUAUUUAUAACUUUAAUAAAUUAUUUAUGUAGUAGAUGGCCUUGCUUAAAGGCUCAGAGAUGCACCCUUGUUUUAUAGUCCAAAGUAUAUAAUAUACCAAUACGUUUUAUGUAUGUUUUUUUUUUCCUGGUAUUGCAAUAGAAACUAAAGGGAAAGCUUUAUGUUUAAGCUCGUUCUAUUUUUUACUUUACUAUGAUUAUGAGAAUUUUAACGAGAGUUAUUUUUCGAUGACUACACCGACAGAAUGUUUUAAAGAAUGAGUUGGAUUUAUCUUUGGAGAUCACUCGAAUGUUUGGGCUUGUGCAAUGCCUUUUUAUAAGGAAUACAUAUAUAUUCAGAUAGCUCAAAUAUAAUUCAUGUUUGCAUUCAAUGAAACCACAUCCACACCACUGAACUGAAUAGUUCACCCAAAAAUUGAAAAUAAUGACAGAAUUAUAAAAAUUUUUGGUGAAUUAUUCCUUAAUGUGAGGGUUUUGAUUGUGAAGACAGUAAAAUUACUCUAUUAAUGAUGUUUAUUGACAUGUGACUUUAUUUCCUUUGGAUUUGCUCUGCAUUAAUGUGCCAAUACAGCACUUCAAAAUCAACUAUAUCACAUAGCUGCUUUCUCUUUGAUUGUCAUAAUUUUUUGCCUUGUUAUAUCAUAACUAAUUGUAAUAUACUUGAAUUGCCAAAUCACUUUCAACUAGCUCAGUUUUUCUCUGAAAGUCGAAUGUUUUUCUUGCACUUAUUUAUCAGACAGAUGUUUUAAGCAUUGAAAAUUGGACCUGACAACAAAAACUGUGAACUUCCCUUAAUAAUGUUCACUUUUGACACUUUUUACAGUCAUAGUAGGAGUGAUACUUCUGAGAAGUCAAGCUGUAGGACCAUGAGUCAAAAAUGCUUGUUAGUCAGAAACAAAAUUUCCGCUAUUAUACUGUUCCAAAACUAAUGAGCUGCCUUGCUUGUCUACCGCCUACAUAGGCAGCUACCUUCAAAGGCAGCAUCCUAACUGAAAUAGAACCUUAGUGACUGAUCUAGUUCAUCUGUAAAUGCUUCGUAACCAGUUGUCUAUGUAAUCAGCUCACUAGUUUUUGGAACAAAUCCUGAACAAAAACAGAAAAAUAUUGUGCCAACUGAUAUGUGCAAGUUUUUCUUUUAUCACAAAUCUGUGAAUGUCAUAAAGAUAGAGUGCUGCAGGAAUGAGUCCUAAAACCCAGAAAUGAGUUUACAUUUUUUGCACUUCUGGUUCCAUCAUCUUAAAGUCAGUAGGUUUUUUAAAUGGGUUUUUGGUUAAAGGCCUGAAAUAAGGUCUGUGGUUAACAGAAGCUCAAAAUAUUUUCACAUUUUAUUCUACGACAUAAAAUACAUCUGUAAUACCCUACUUGUGUUUUUUAAGCUUUCAUGUGUCUUGAAAAGUGUGGCUGAUAAUAAGUGGUUAACCUAUAGAGGUUGUCAGGAUGAUUAAACAUCAUGCCAAACAGGUAAACUCAUCUACUCACUAGUCCUCUUUUACAGCCUUAUUGUGUUUAUAAUCACGCUCCUGCAAAUUCUUCUAACUCAGACUUUCCAAUUUUUAAGACUGGAAGAGUUGUUGGAAGCUUAAUGGUGGUGACGUGACGUUGAAGUCUUGCGACCGUGGUGUAGUUCGUUUAUGGCCUAAGUUUAGCUUUUUAUUUCUGACGAUUGUAUUUAGUCUUCAAAAUUCCUAAAAGUUGUGUUCAAGAUUACUUUGAACAACAUUUGUAAGAAUUAUAAAAUUUUGUUGGUCACAGAGCUUAUUUUCUGCAGUAAUCCAAAAGCCAAUGGGAAAGUACUAACUCCUGGGUUGGCACACAAAAUACAUCAUCACUGCAGCGCUCUAUGACUUCUGUAUGCUAACAGUAUAACGGUGCAUUUCUUGUACCCCUUCAAAAAUCAAUGGUCUUUCUUUAUAGUCUGUUGAAAUAGGGUCCAUUAAAUUUAAAGGUGGAGUGUGUAAUUUUUUUUUUCUGUUACUAUACUUUUAUCCUAUAUUAAGUAGAACCAGAAGUAAAUAAUUUGUAGAUUGAUUGCACUGAAAAGUGCAAAAGGGGUCAUAGGAGUGUUUGGGAAACCUGCUUGGUACCACUAGUGCCAUAGAAAUUACACACUUCAUCUAUAAGAGAAAUUUAAUUUGCACAUAAGAAUGACAUUAAUAGAAUAAUGCAUUCUAUGUGUGGGAAUUUACAACUAAUACUUUUGAUUGUUCUUGAGAGUACUGCAACAGCAUUGUUUUUGACAAUGAACAGAUUUCAAAAUAUACACAUUUAUAUCCCUAUUACCACUGUAGUUUUGCAAUGUUAUGCUCAGAGACUUAUGUGGGUAAUUCACCAAAUAAGGAUGUUUCUGUCAUUUAUUUACUCACCUCAUGUCAAUCCAAACCCGUAUACUGAUAUUUUAAUUCUGAAGUGAUAUGAUAGCAUUGUUUAGGGAGCACGUCUCGGGCUAUGACUGUAACCUUGACUCCCUGACAAGGGAACGAGAUGCUGUGUCAUGGUAUUGAUGCUUUGGGAACGCCUCUGCGUGAUUGCAUCUGAAGCACAAGUGUGAAAUCAGUUCAAUGGCAAAACAGGACAUCACAGGCGGGGUGACGUCAUGACCAGGAAAUCAUAAAAGCACAUCCGGAAUGACCGGUGUUAGCUUCUACUGAGCCAAAGCUAGUCGAUCACAGGGAUUAAGGAAGUAGGCAGGAAGAUGUAGCGUCUUGUUCCCUUCUCAGUCGUAACCCUAGAUGUUCCCUUUCAAGGGAAUUCACACUGCAUCACGGUAUUGAUGCUUUGGGAACGAUAAUACCCAAACCACUAUGCUUACAAGUGCGUCUGUGUAAAUACUGCAAGCACACCUUAAAACAAAAGCACCUGUGAACCUGGUGCAGAGCCCAAGUCCAAAUCAUAAAAUCUUACAAAUGUGAGCAGAGAAGGAGAACAUCUUGAAGGGAUACCCCUGACAAUAAGGCCUUAGAGGCCACCAUACUCCUAGUCAAAUAAGCUCUGACAGCCAAAGGUGAGGGCUGACCAGAGACCUCAUAAGCAAGAGAGAUAGCCUUAACUAUCCAUUUGUUUAGUGUAUGCUUGGAUGCCGGACGUCUUCCCUUAUGUGAACCAAAGCACACAAAUAACUAAUCAGUUUUCCUCCACAGGAACAGUGUCCCAGUGCUCUCACUGGACACACAAGGUUCAGCUUUUCCCGGUCCUAAUCUCUGAAAAUUAUAGGCCGUGGCACAUUGGUAGGCAUGUUAGGCUCAUAGAUUGGUCUAGGGUAUAAGAAUACCUUAACCAUCCCCGGUGCAAAUUCAAGACACAUAGGGGACACCGACAUGGCCCGGAGGUCUCCCACUCUCUUAAGAGACGUAACGGCUAGAAUUACUUUUUUCAGGGUCAGAAACUUUUCUGGAACAAACUCAGUAGGCUCAAAGGGAGCCGUAGACAGACCUUCUAGCACAAUGGCCAAGCCCCAGGCUGGUACUCUAGUGCGGCUUGCAGACCACAGCCUCAAGGCAUCUCGGAGGAAAUGUGUCACCAGUGGGUUUCUUCCCAGGGAUUCACCACCCAAAGGCACAUAGUAAGUAGCUAUGGCCGCCAAAUACCCCUUCAGAGUGGAAGAGGAUAACCCUGCGGAAAACCGAUCCUGCAGGAACUCCAGCACUGUACCAACCGGGCAGUUAACUGGAUCCCACUGUCGAUUUCUGCACCACUUCAAGGCAUACAGCUUCCUCGUGGAAGGAGCUCUGGAGUGAAAUAUGAUCCCAACAACCUCAGUUGAGAGGCUGGAUUGUAGGAGUUGGGCCCCCUCAAAGACCAAACCCACAGCUUCCACAAUUCUGGGUGGGGGUGAAGGAUUGAGCCCCCUGCCUGAGACAGAAGGUCCCUCCUGACCAGAAUCUCCCACGGAGAGCCAUCGAGGAGGGACACAAGGUCACAGAACCACACAGAACGAGGCUACUAGUAACAGAUGGACCCCGUCCCUGCGGACUCUCUCCAGAACUCCCGGCGGCAGACCAAUUGAGGGAAAAGCAUACAGACAUAGCCUCUGCCAUGUGGGCACCAUGGCAUCCAAUCCCAGCGGGAUGUCUGCUCCCUGACAGGAUGUCUGCUCCCUGAUUUUGGUACCCAGGAAUGUAGACUGCUCUCAGGGAGAGCCUUUCCUGAGACCACAGGAGGAUCUGAUGUGCCAGUUUGUAAAAGUGGGCGCAACCGCAGACCCCCUGAUGAUUUAUAUAAGAGACCGCCGAUGUGUUGUCUGUCCGAACUAGCACAUUAUGGCCCCUUAGGUCUGGGAGGAAAUGCUUCAAUUCUAGAAAGACAGCCAUCAUCUCAAUCUGCAGGACCUAUUGUGACACAUUUGACAGAAGUUCCCACACUGCCAGAUGGUCUACUAAGGGAACCAGUCUCUCGAGACUGGCCUCUGGUGUAAUCUGAGAAGUCACCAUGGUGCCCUGAAGUGAAUGAGCAGGGAACAACUGAACUGACUGCUCUAAUAUCCUCCUUGGAGGAUGCGAGCAUCCCAGUGGCAGCUUCUUUGCCGAAGCCUUCUAUGCGAGAAUGACGGUUCUCAGGUCCAUCUUCUGCUUAGGAGGCUUCAUCUGAGAGUGCCGUCCCGACCCUAUAUGAGGAGCUAUUCAACGGCUCCCGCCCAGCAGCUCCAGAGACCUGAGCCUGGUGAGGGAGGUAACGUUUGAACGCUUCCGUCUGCUUUUUGCCUCCUGAAACCUCUUUUGAUGACCGGAUUCAUUGUGUCACCAAAGAGGCCAGGAGGAGAGAGCAGAGGGUCCAUGAGAAACAUUUUAUCGUUCUCUUUAAUAUCGGAAAAAUUUAACCAGAGAUGCCUCUCUACGGCCACAAGGGCUGCCAUAGAAGGACCGAUGGCUCUGGCCAUCUCCUUGGUGGCCCGGAAAGACACAUCUGUGGCCCGUCACACCUCUUUAACCAUGUUUUUUGUACAGAAGUUAAUGCCUGGUCAUUCCAGGUGUGCUUUUAUGCUUUCCUGGUUAUGGCGUCAUCCCGCCUGUGACAUUGUUCACCACUGGACAGAUUUCACACAUUUUCUUUAGACGCAAUCAUGCAGAGGCAUUCACAAAGCAUCAAUACCAUGAUGCAGCAUGAGUUCCCUCAAAAGGGAACUAAAAAUCACUGAAUCACAGAUUAUCAAAAUCUCUUCUUUUGUGUUCCAGGAAAAAAAAAAAAAACAGCAUAAGGGUUUGGAACAGCAUGAUGGCAAGUAAAUAAUGACUUGAAUUGUCACGUUUGGGUUAACUAUUCCUUUAAUUGACCUGAUCAGUAAUUAGGGCAUUUGAAUGUGACCUUUUCUUUGAUUGGCUGAAUGUCCGGUGACCUCACCUUCGACAAAGGAACUGUGUGUAGUAGCACGCUGUAGAACCCUGUAAAUAAUUUCAGGUUCAAAGCGCAUUGUGUGAAUCAAGUGUAACUGGAGUCAUAUUCUAAUAAAUCUCUUACUGUUCAGAC